AUGGCGCUCGACCCGCAUUUCUACCAACACCUCCACGGGCCUGGCCCCGCCUCCUCCUCCGUCUCGUCAUCCGGUGCCUCCGUCAUUACCGGCAUCACCAGCCCCUCUAUCCGCUCGACCACCGCCUCGGCCGCAGCCUUGCGCUCCACCGCUUCCACCCCGUCGCUCCGCGCACGCGAAAGCGUCGCCAUGGUGCCAACACGGCAUGACGCGGUCUCCAGUCCAUCGCCCGGAGGAAAUGUUCGUGUGGUGGUGCGCGUGAGGAAUUUCCUCCCCAGAGUCAACCCGGGCGAUGUUGGAAAGCCAAAGUCGCAGGCCCGCGGAAAGAUACUGGAAGACAAGUCUUUCAUAUUCGAUAACUCGUUUUGGUCCCAUGACGAACAGGACGAGCAUUACGCCACCCAGGAAGACGUGUACAACUGCCUUGGAGAGGAGUUCCUAGAUCACAAUUUCGAAGGAUACCACACUUGUAUCUUCGCCUACGGUCAGACCGGCUCCGGCAAGAGUUACACCAUGAUGGGCAGCCCCGACCAACCGGGUCUGAUCCCGCGAACCUGCGAGGAUCUUUUCCAACGCAUCGAGAAUGUCGAAUCGCCCGAUGUGAGCUUCAACGUCCGCGUUUCUUAUUUCGAGGUCUACAACGAACAUGUGCGCGACCUGCUAGUACCGCGUACCGACCCGCCACACUACCUUCGCAUCCGCGAGUCUCCCACCGAGGGUCCCUAUGUCAAGGAUCUAACGGAGGUGACGGUGAGAAACUACUCCGAAAUCAUGAAGUAUAUGCGCAAAGGUGAUGUCUCCCGGACGGUGGCCAGCACGAAGAUGAACGAUACGUCCUCGCGAUCGCAUGCAGUUUUUACCAUUACUUUGAAGCAGAUCCACCACGAUCUCUCAACAGAUGAGACCACCGAGCGCACUGCGCGGAUACGUCUGGUGGAUCUGGCUGGAUCCGAGCGAGCCAAGUCAACCGAAGCUACGGGACAACGUCUUCGCGAGGGAUCCAAUAUUAACAAAUCUCUGACUACGCUCGGCCGCGUGAUUGCUGCUCUGGCUGAUCCCAAACAAGGCCGGCCGGGCAAACGAAAAGGCAAGGAUAUUGUGCCGUACCGGGAUUCGAUCUUGACGUGGCUCCUCAAGGAUAGUCUGGGUGGCAACUCCAAGACGGCUAUGAUAGCCUGUAUUUCCCCGAGCGACUAUGAAGAGACUCUCUCGACGCUGCGGUAUGCAGACCAGGCGAAGCAUAUUCGCACUCGUGCCCGUGUGAACCAGGAUCAUUUGUCUGCAGCCGAGCGUGACCAGCAGAUCGCUGAAAUGGCCGAAACGAUUCGCACACUGCAAUUGAGCGUGAGCCAGGCCGCGGCGAACCGCCGCGAAAGCGAGAUCCAGAACGAGAAGCUGGAAGAAUAUCAACAGAAGGUGGAGAAACUGCAGCGACUGAUGGAAGAGACCAAGAUGGUCAGCGAAUGCAAGAUCAAGCAGCUGCAGACUGAAAACGAAGCCCUUCGCAACCACUUGAAGUUAGCGCUUGACAGUCUCAAAAACCCGAUCCCUCCGGUCCACGUGGAGAAGCGCAAAAGUAUUCUUUCCCCGGUGGAGGAAACCGAUUCCGUCUCGGUGACUGAAGACAAAGAGAAUCGCCCCGGAUCGCCAACAUCGGACGCCGAACCGGGACCCGACUCGAUUUGGGAAGAUGAGAACCUACCAUUCGAGUCAGGCCACCUCGAGGCGCAGGAGAUGCAGGCGCAUAUGGAAGAACUUCUGGGUGACUUGAACAUUUUCAAGCGAAAAUUGGCGUCGGAUCAUGAACGCUUCCGCCCAUCCCAGCCCCCGGGAAGUCGCAAGAAACGACGGGCGCUUGGUAGCAUUGCGGUCAAUGGUCGAUGA